UCCUGACAGAUGCUUAUCGCAUUAUGAUUCGCAAUCAUUAACUCCGCUAUAGUAUGAUUGACGCUCGAUACAGCCUUUAAGGUGCUAUUUUUGCGACUCUUUAUCCGAACGGGUAUCUAUAUCUGGUGCCCCCGGUGGGUAUAGGUGGGGGUACCUGAGGGUGAUACACCGGGGUUUAUGUUAUUCGCUAUGUGCUACGUGCCAACGACUUAUCAAGCAAACUAACACGUCUUGGCGCCUAUAAUCCUUCCCCAUGCUCUUCAGUCAUAUUCUCGCUUUAGGGAUAUCGUGCAUUAUUGUCCUGCUUGUCGUUUCGGGUCUGACUCGCAGACGUGUCUACCCUUUACCUCUGCCGCCUGGCCCUCGUCCGUUACCAAUUUUGGGUAACGCGCUGCAAUUGGAUACUAAACGACCUUGGCUCACAUAUACUGCGUGGGGAAAGACAUAUGGAAAAAUCAUUCACUCCCGCUUACUUGGGAUCGAGUUUAUCAUCAUAAACUCCGAAACCAUCGCGCGGGAGUUGCUGGACAAGCGUUCUGCGAAUUACUCUACUCGCCCCGUUAUUCGCACCAAUGAAUUAGCUGGACUGGCUUUCAAUACUGUGCUCCUUCCAUAUGGCGAGACUUUACGGCGACAUCGCAAGAUCUUCCAUCAAGUCCUCAGGGCCGAAGUCUCGGAUUCGUACCAUGAGAUGUACUCUCGCCACGCAAACGAUCUAGUCAUCAAUCUCUUGAAUGCCACUAGUGACCUGCGACAACAGACUGAAGGAUACACGGCAUCCCUAAUCAUGGCCGUGACAUACGGAUAUCUUGCUCAUGGACAUGAAGAUCCAUUUCUUACCCGCGCACACGAACUCUUUCAUAUUGGCCAACGUAUUGUGUCUCCAGAGAAGGCUGCCAUGUUCACAGCCUUUCCUUUCCUUGAAAAGCUGCCAUUUUGGUGCUUCGGUGGAGCACUUGCCCAGAUGGGACGCAGCAGAGAAUUAGUUCAACAGCUUUUGAACGAGCCCUUUGACGAAGUGAAGGCCCAGAUAGCAAAUGGUACUGCUUCACAUUCAUUGGUCGCUGACUUUCUCAAUCAAGUUCACGACUACGCUGACGAAGACACGAUGAAGGCUGUUGCGACGACGGGAUAUAUGACUGGCAUGGAGAGCACUGCAUCUGCAUUGCAGUCAUUUUUGCUGGCUAUGGUGCUCUAUCCUGACGUCCAAGCCCGUGCUCGUGCAGAAAUUGAUCAAGCUGUGAGGCAUGAUAGAAUGCCGUGCCUUGAUGAUAGGGCGUCACUGCCCUACCUUGAUGCCAUUCUCCGCGAGGUCCUGAGAUGGUAUCCUCUUGGCCCCCUAGGAAUUCCACAUGCGACAUCAAAUGAUGAUGUUUAUGACGGGUACUUUAUACCCAAAGGUGCGAUAGUAAUAGUUAAUCAGUGGGCAAUAUCUCGGGAUGAAGACAUAUAUCCCGAUGCAUCACGCUUCGAUCCCAGCCGCCAUCUAACGGUUGACGGGAAGCUGAAGGACCCUUUCGUCAACCAUUUUGCCUUCGGUCAUGGCAGGCGUAUCUGUCCCGGUCGUUGGUUUGCAGAGAACAGUCUGUGGACUGCAGUUUCUGCCAUACUCGCCGUGUUGCGCAUCGAUCAUGCCAAAGACUCAAACGGGGACAGGAUUGAGGUGAAGCCGGAGUUCAGCACCGGCAUAGUGAUUCGCCCUGAACCAUUUCUCUGCUCGUUUGAAAGCGUGAACACAGCGAGAGAAGGACAUCUUCGAGCGAUGAUGAAUUCGAAGUAGGCUCCGUUUGUAC